CUUGGGAUAAGUGUAAAAAUAGUCAUCACGGUCAAUUCAUACUAUUGGCAUUUAUCGUUAUCAUCACAACGAUUUUUUUAUUUAACUUGAAGUUGAAGUCAUGAGGGUUAAGUUGAAGUCGAAGUACUAGCACUGCACUGGACUGGUAUUAGUAUUGGCAUUGGUAUUACAAGGCUUAAGGUAUAAGUAUUUUAAUUGAACGUAUUUUAUCAUUGGACUUUGACUUAUAGCAUGACAUGAUUAAGAUAAUUCGAAUACUAAUGAUAAUAACUAUUAGUCUAAUAGCAAUUACUCUAAUAAUUAGAGUAAUUGCUAGUUAAGUUAAGAAGUCAGGGUAGUAUCAUAAAUGUAUGCAGUAGUGAGACUGAGAGUAGCCUAGGCAAAGGUUCUGCUGCUGUGAAUACUGGGUGAAGUCAAGUCCAAGUUAGUGACUGAAGAACUUUUUUCAAUCUUUCCAAUUCCAAGCUAUUAUUAUGUCUAUUCACUGAGACCACUGUCUUGUUAUAUAAAUUAUAGAUAUUUAUAUUGAUAAUAUUAAUAGAAAUAGAAAUUAUAGGCUAUAAUAUUAAUAUUAAUUAAUUUUCUGUUUCGGUUUGAUCCUGAAGUGUCAAAGUGUCCUCUUUUUAUAGCCAUUUUCAUUGUUUCUAUAGAAUAGUAGUUACUAUUACUAUCCUAGUGUCUCAUUUGUAUUUACUUAGUUUACAUGUUUUAAUAAUUGUAAAGCGCUUAGAGCUUUAUGAUAAGCGCUAUGGCUAUAUAAAAAUGCCUAAAUAAAUAAAUAAAAUAUUAUAUCAAUAUAUCUUUACUAUCUGAAAUCUCUACUACCGUUACAAUUGGCUAAAACUAAAGCACUAUUUAGCCUAGGCUUAAUUAUAAUACUUAAUAUUAGUAUGAUAUUAUUUUUGUGAAAAUAAAAAGUCUGAAAAGAAUUCCUAGCAGUAAGAAUAAUAGGCCUACAUACAGUGACAAUCAUAUAGUAGGCAAAAAUUAUUUAUCUCUUAUUCUUAGUCAUUAUUUCUAUUCACUGAUAAAAUCAGCUGAAAUUAUCUCCCAUCCAAAUGAAAUUGAGUAGUUUUUACAUAACAUUAAUUAUUAAUAAUAAUUUCAUUUUGAAUUUUAUUGAGAAUAUUAAUUAAGAUCACAAAUCAUCCUCUAACUAAGCUCUCCCCACCUCAUUUCAAGUAGGUCGUUCCGACAUAGUUUACAUCCUCUGCUAAGAAUCUUGGUUAUAUUCUUUCUAACAACAUGUCUCUCCAUAAUCAUAUCUCUCACAUUUGUCACUCUGCAUACACCGCUAUCAGUCAGAUCAGCUCCAUCUGCCACUACCUCACAGUUAGCGCAACAAAAACCCUAGUCUGUGCUCUUGUUCUCUCUCACCCUGCCUAUUGCAACUCUUUUCUGUCAGGUUCACCAAAACACUUCAUAGAAAAACUGCAAAAGGUUCAAAACUCAUUGUGUGGUGUGAAGAUUGAGGGCUAUAGAAACCAUGGUCAGUAUUGAAAUAGAAUCUGGUUUAUCCACAAAUGAUAAUAGCCUAAUUGAUAAGCCUACCAUAGCGUAUCUAUAUCCCCGGAACCAGUAUAUAUCACUAUGGUGUAGGCAUAGGUUUGGAGAGCAAUUCAAGCUCAAAACAAACAACUGUAUUGUGCAAGACAGAAAUGCCCUUCGUGGCCUUUUCUCCGAUUAUGUAAAAGGCAAUGCAUGAAGCAAAUGUCUUUAAGUACUUAAUUAAUGAAAGACCUGAUAACUUAGUACUAUCAACUUAAGUUAUGGAUUACUAAUGAAAAUGAUUAGGACCAGGUCCAGCCCUGAAAGUCCCAAGCUUCAGUAGUAAAAACAUAGUUUAAAAUAAUUUUUUGUUUUCAGGUAUAUACAAAUAAGGUAUACUUUUGUUUGAAUAAAAUCAUAAUUUUCAAAUUCUUAACCAUAAUGGCCUCUAAAAUUAUUUUAAUAAUGACAUUCUACAAUAAUCUAUGAAAAAAAUCAAUAUUAAUAACUUGGGCGACUUGGCUGAGUCUUGAAGUUGUUGAGUUAAAUGGUAUUUAUAAAUACAUUGAUGAUUUGCAUUGGUCAAUUUAAGAGUGUACUGGUUAUUGAUAAGAUGAUGUCAUUGAUUUUUUCUCAUUUAUCUAACAUUUUACAACCUUUUUAUAUUUGUGUUCCUAUGCACCUGGCUUGGCUUGUACAAUUUUAUUUAAAUUUACUUUAACUAUAAAUUAAAAGUGAAAUAAAUUGAGACAUUUAUUUGAAAUACGUAGACUGAACAUGAAUUAACCCAUAUUAUUUUGCUCAGCCCAAAGGGUCUAUUCAAUACUCGGUACUUCAACAUAUUUAGUUUUUUUUAGGAGGUUGAGGUGAAUAUUCAGGGUAAAGAUAAUUGAAGUUUGAUAUUUAAACCGUCAAUGAAAUACAUGUGUUCAAAAAUAGAUUACUCGUCAAAUAUAUUAAUAUUUUUAAUUCAUGGUAACUUUCCAAAACAAUUUCACAGCAGACAUAGCUUUGAAUGCAGGGUUUGGAGUGUGCUCACACUGAAAAUUCAUGACCAACAUCCUUAUGGAAGAGAAAGGCAAGUUAUAAUAUAAAGUAGUAGUUUAAACGAUUUAAUUUUUUUGUGGUUAAAGUGUUAUUUGGGGCCAUCCAUAAAUGAUGUCAUGCAUCUAGGGAAGGGGGGGGGGGAUCACAUUUUUGUGAUGAGGGGAAGGUAGGGCUUAAGCAAUGUGACAUCACAUGAAAAGCAGAAUAUUAUAGUAAAGAAUUUCACUUAAUAACCCUAAAUUACUGUAAUGACAUUUUUAACAUUAUUCUUUUAUAAAACAAUUACAAUUACCCGGUAUUUUAUUUUGGAACUACAAUCACUGAGAGAAUCAGUAUAGGUAUGCAAGGUCGGAAAAAUGACCUCUGAUGUGGGGGUAGUGACACUGACAGAGCAUUUAUGUUAAAAUGUUAAGACGGGAGUCAUAGAAUUAGAAAAAAAUGGUUGACCUGAGGGGGGAGGAGGUGAUAUUUAGUAAAUGGUCUAGAGCCAGGAUUCUUUUUUUUUUUUUUUUUGCAGAUAUGUUAAAAUGUUAAGACGGGAGUCAUAGAAUUAGAAAAAAAUGGUUGACCUGAGGGGGGAGGAGGUGAUAUUUAGUAAAUGGUCUAGAGCCAGGAUUCUUUUUUUUUUUUUUUUUCAGCGCUGCAGGCCCACUCCAUUUUAACCCUAGCAAUGGCAGCAAAUACAAUUUUAUGGUCUUCUGCAUCUCAGGGCUGGGGAGGUACUUUUACCCCUGGUUAAGAACCAUUGUUCUAUUUAAAUGUUUCUGACACAGGUGCAGUAAUUUGAUAUCCACGGGAGGUGAAUUUCUUAAGGGCAGUAGUGGACAGGGAAUUUUUACUGAGGGGGUGCAGAGAUUUAUGACAUUAUUUUUGAGGGGGUCUAACUUUUUGUGACCAUUUGUGAUGAUGGUGGGGUGUCAAGAAUUGACAAAAUUUGCGUGACGUCAUUUAUGGGUCGCCCUUUUAUAAAGAGUACCGAUACUUUUUAAAAAGGGCUCAUAUAAAUUAAACUAUAACUCCUCAUAGUAAUAGAUUUUGUGUGCUUAGGAUGAACAUUUAUUACAUGAUGCUAAAGUCAAUGUAAUUGGAAAAAAAUGUACAUUGUGGUUGCUCGAGCUGCUUAGGGGUCGUUCGCAAAUUACGUCACGCAAAAAAAUGAUUUUUUUUUUUUACACCCCCUGUCACAAAGUGUCACAAAUUCUUUACCCCUCCCCCCAGUGUCACGUCAUACCUAAAAAAAUUAAAAUAUUCAUUAGAUUUUCAUAACUAAGCUAAGAUUUUAUUUUAUUCUUCAACAUUUUCCCAUAAUGGAUUAAGAUGUGGUAUUAUUAGAAAAAUGAGAUGCGAAACAACAAAGUCAUCCACAAGUCCACAACAGUUUUUGUGUCAUUGUUCAAUAUGGGCAGAAGGUCUGCACGACUGAGUUCAUGGUGCCUAUACUACCUGAGGCUAUUUCGACCUCAAAUGAAUGUUUCUAAAAUUAAUAGAAUAAAGAUCUUUCAAAGUUAGAAAAUUUAAGAUUUAAGAAUAAAAAAUUAAAAUAUUUUAAAAACGUGACAUCACAGAUUUUUUUUUUAACGCCCCUCCCACGGCAAAAAUUCUCGACCCUCCCGCCCCCCUCUGAGUGUGACGUAAUUUGCAAAUGACCCCUUAGUAUAUGUGGUUAUAUAACACUGCUUUGUAAUAAAUGUGUUAAUAUAUUAUGUAUCCCUUAUAUAUUUCUUUUCCUUGGUUAUAAAAUAUGUCACUUAUUGAUUCCUGGUAGCAUUAAUUAUUUAUGUCCAUCAGUCUGUAAUUUUUUUUUUUUUUUUGUGUGUAGAAAUUAUACACAUUUUUUAAAAUAUAGUAUAUCAUCUAUAAAAUGGAUUAUAUUUAAAUUUAGUAACUUUUGUUUAGUUUUUUGAAGAACUUGCUAGUCUAAAGAUUUAUCAAGUGCAAUAGAAGUAGCGUUAUUAUUUAUGUUCAACCUUAUGACAUUUGCUGCCCGCCAGCUCCAGGAAAAAUGUCAAGACCAACACAGCAGCCUUUUCAAUGCCUUUGCUAUCUGACCAAAGCAUUUGACUCAUUCAGCAGACAUGGGCCGUGGAAGAUAACGGAGAAGUUUGGCUGCCCUGGUAGAUUUAUUACAAUAUUACGUCAACAGAUGUUCUGGAUUCUAGAGAUGAGUGUGUGGCUUUAAAUUAAACUGAUGGUGCAAAGCUGCGUUCUAACUCCAACACAUUUUAGCAUCAUUCUCUCAGCUUUUCUUUACAGUUAAGAUAGCAUAUCAAAAUAGACAAGCCAGAUGGGCACAACAAGUUGCGAGAAUGUAAGACAGCAGAUGGCCUAAACAACUAAUGUACAGUUAACUUCCCAGAGGAAAAUGCUCAACUUGCAGGCAGAAAAAAAAUUCCUUAAAGAUUGUCUAAUCAUAUCCCUCAAUCUACGGCCAUGGAUCUGAAUUCAUGGGAAAUGUUUGCUAUGGAUCACCAAAGCUGGUGAGGAAGACUCACUGUUGGAUCACGAUCUUCAGAAAGUAAAUGCACAGCUCACAUCAAAAGAUAGAGAACAGCAAGGAAAAUCGCAUCCAAUCCCUCCAGGACCUCAAAACAUGUGUGUCCUACAUGCGGGCAAGCUUUCCGGGCACAAAUAGGACUGGCAAGCCACCUGCCUACUCAUACCUGACUGUAGCUUCGCAUGUCAUGGGCAAAUAGCAGCAACAUUUAUGUUCAGCUUACUUAUUUCAAAUAAAGUUCUCAAAUUAUCUCCCUUUUCAUUUAUAGUUAAAGUAAGUAUGCUUAGGUUUUCGUUAUUUAUGGUCAAUACCUUACUCAAAAACCUGACUCAUUCCCUUUUAAAAAUAUUCAAAGCUGUAUACUAUUGUUUUCUUUUUAAGAUGUCGCAGGUUAAGAAAAAAAACAAGACGAAAAAACAAAACCUGAUUCAUUCCCUUUUAAAAAUAUUCAAAGCUGUAUACUAUUGUUUUCUUUUUAAGAUGUCGCAGGUUAAGAAAAAAACAAGACCUUUAGGAUUAAUCCGAGGCAAACUGCAUCCAGAAAAACUGACCCCCAUUCCCAGCCUUAAGGUGGAGCAGCUCAAGAACGGUGUACAAGGAAGUGCAAUAAUUAUUCCAACACCUUUACCUGAGCAAGGAAAGGGCUCAAACCAUCAAACUAAAGAAGAAUCACCUAAUUCAGACAAUCACAGCUCUGGUAUCAGCAGAUCGCCUAAAAUAACAGAAGACAUAUCUCAUGAAAAAUGUGAACAAGAGAUCAAAGAAGGCUUGGUAAGUUUACAAUGUUUUGAUGAUCUUGAGCAGGCCUGUACACUAUGCAGCCCUCAGACCGCAUGUGGCCCGCCAGCAUCCACUUGGCGGCCCACGAAGUAACGAAAUAUUCUUAAAAAUUAUUAUUUUCUUAAUAGCUUUCCCCCACUGUCCUAUCAUCUUUCGGCCAGCACAAGUUUUUCAUAAAGUAUUACGGCCCGUCUUACAUUUUCAGUUGUGCAGACCUGGUCUUGACAAAUGUAAUAAUUUGAAUUAUGUAAUGCAAAUAAAAUGCAUGGAUAACUUAUUUCCAUUUUUUUCCCCUUGAGUUCCACAAGAGAGGCUUUCACAGAAUGAUAAAAUAGAGCAAGGGAAAACUUUAAAGAGCAUCAACUAAAGUAUUAAGUAAAUGCUUUCAACUGAGUUUUAAUUUAAUUUUUUAAAAAUAAUUUCGUAGAAGAGGGAGAAAGAUCUAAAAGACCAACUUAAACAGCUUCAGAGGCAACUCAAUGAAGCAAAAAGGGCAUUGACAAUGAAGGAAGAGGAAAGCAGAAUGUUGCAUUUACAGCUCACUGAGCAGGUAAUAUAGAGAUUUUCCAGUCUAUAUUUCAGUAUCUAGUAACAGAAUUAAAAUUGAGCUAGAUCCAGUUAUCCAGUCAAACUUGAAUAAAUGUUAUAAAGAUUGUUUUUAUUUUAUAAUUCUUGAAGGAAAAAGAGAUGUCUUCUCGACUGGCCCAAGAGAAGAGUCUUCACGAAUCAACACAAUAUAAAUUAAAAGAAACACAAGAAGAUUUAGAACAGACUCAAGAACAACACGGGAUAAUAAUAGAAAAACAGCGGGAAGAAAUGAACCAGCAGAUAAUGAAAGUAAGAAGAGUUAGAACUUAAUCAGAAGACAAUAUUCUUAUUUAUUUCCCCAACAGAUUUGAAAGAUCCUUAUGAUUUUCAUGUAUUUGUUUUGAAUAAAUAUCUAAAAAAACAAGGUCGAUCAUUUGCUGUCUUUACUGUUAAAUGAAUGCAUGAAGUAUGUCUGCAUAUAUAAGUAACAAAUCACUUCUAAAAAGUUUCAAUUUUAAAACCAUGUGACAAUGAACAGUUUCUAUAAAAUCUCAUUCAUUGUGAAUAAUAGAUGAAUGAACUUACAAAAUAUAAAUAAAUAUUAUUCAGAAUGAAACAUACUGCUGACAUAUAAUGCUCUUGUUGAGAAAUGAAGAAGUAAAACAAAGAAAAGUAAACAGUUUACCAAGAUUAACCAGCUUCACUACACUCCUGUUUAUAGUUAAUAGUUUCAUUCAUAAGACUUUUUAUCUUUACUCACAUCAGCUUGAGUCAUUGCUGUCAGAGAAAGAUGCCAUCAUUGCGGACAGAGAUCAAAAGCUAGUCAAGUUAAAGGCUCAUAUGGCGGAGGCCCUUAAAGGAAACUCAUGGUAUAUAUUAAUUUACAUAUUAAAAACUUAUAGGUUAAUGUAUGUGUGAAUUGUUUCUCUGUUGACAGUAAAGGAUUUUUUUUUCAGUUUUGAAAUAAUAUAUGUGGCGAAAUUGUUGUCUAGGGGUAGGGCCCUAUUCCAACGACCACAGACACACUAUCAAACCAGAGCCCAAACUCCGUUUUCUUUCUUUCUGAUAAAAAAAAACUUCACGAUAGAGUUUGAAGUAACAGGUAUAGGUUAAUUACUAAUGUGUCGUGCAAAGACAAAAAUGCACGACAAACAAACCAUAAAAAAAUACUGUUCAUCUUUGAAAUAGUUUAACUUCCUAGAACUAGUGUAACCAAUCAGUCAUUUCUUGAAACAAACACAGCCUGACGCCCAUAACAAAAUAUCUGCAUUCAUCUUCUCCACACCCAUACAUCGCACUCCCGGAAAUGCGUCAUAGCGCUUUCAUGACUGAGAAAGAGUGGUGCGACACAUGGGGAAGUCCUUAAAGAAAAUAUCAUAGCUCAAUGUUAAACUUAAUAAACCAGACAUAUAGCAUAAACACACGAUAUGACCGUGACAAUAUAUUAAUGUAAUAUAAGUAACAAUAUUAUCAUGGAAAAAAGAUUCUUCUGUGGAUUCCAUGUCAAUUUAGCAGUUUAUUUUUUUUCUUGGUGAAAUGUUUAAAAAAAUUUUUUUAAAUGCACCAGGGACUGUUUCAGAUUUAUCAAUUAUAUUUUCUUUUUAUUUGACCAUGAAUAUUCAUGUUGUGCUGACUGGCAAUAUAAGCCUUGGGGACUGGUGCCAUUUGGGUAAUGCUGGUUUAGAUGAUAGACAAAAUUUUUAAAAUUUGGAGAGAAUUUAAAUUAAAAAUUAUGCAAAUGGUAAUUUCAUGAAAGCAUCCUUCCUUAUUUGUUUUAAUGCAAGGCUUUACUUUCAAUUUUCAGGGAGCGCCAACAACAGCUUGAAGAGUUAACGAAAGAGAUGUUGCGUAUUCAGGAAGAGUGUGAUAUUUUGAGAAUGAAAGUUAAAACCUUGAACAAGACUAAACAAGUAAUCAAGUCACAUUGAGGACUCAAUGAGCUUUAAGUAACUUGCCCUAACCUGGAAUAAAUCAUGCAUGGCAGCCGGCUGGAAUAAAACAUAUAUUAUGUCAGCCUCCUGAAAUAAAAUCUUGUACAUAUAACUAAUUUCAAAAUAAUAACAUACUGGUGCAUAAAGAAAUGUACUGUUAUUUUAUUAUCAUAUAAUAUUGCCACAAUUCAUAAAGAUUUUUAACAAAAUUGCCUUUUUGCAAAAACCACAAACAAAUUAAGUAAUGAAACAUCAGUGGUAAUUCCAUGCAUUAAAAAGUGUGUAUUUUGAAUGUUAAUUGUUUAUAUUGAUGAUAUACAAGCAAACAGAAGUAUGUAACAUAACAGUGAUAGUUGCUCAUUCAGAAAUAGAAUAUUUAGUGCUAGUAAUUAAUGACUAAAUAGUUCUUACUAAAUAUUAUUAAAUCUGAACUACUGAACUAUUAAUUGUUAAAAUUAUUUCUUAAGGAACAAGUUAGAGUUCUUCUUUCCCUUAUUUGGUUCUAGUUGUUUAUAGGGCAUUUUCUCAAUUUAUCUCUGUUCUGAACACUACUAACAGUCAUUUUUUUUAUGACAUAUAGUUGGUGAAUUAUGCUCCUGAUCAGUUUCAAAUCCUAUACCAACACUGGGAAAGUUACAGUUAUUCCUUAAUUAAUCUUACUUCUGGUUGUUGUUCUCAAGAACCUUUUUCUUUAAUUUUAUUUUUUUAAAGGAAAUGAAUACUGGUACACAUCUAUCAGUUUAUCUUUUUCUGCUCUAGACAAAUUGACAGGAACCAAAUUUUGUCCAAAUUUAAUAGUUUUACAAAAUUAACUACCAUUGAUUAUGCUAAUCCUUCUGAUGCAGCAAGAAACUCACAAUUUGAUCGUUAAUUCAUUUAGAUUUACCAAUUUAUCUUAAUAAGAAAAUAAUUUUUUUAUUGUCAGGCUAGUGCUUUAAAAAAACUACUUUGUUCCUUCUUUAAAUAGAUAUGUCAUUAUCAUCAUAACUUAUAAAACCAUGUCUUUAGCCUAAAAAUUAUGUACCCACUAGACAACUCCGCUCAACCGAUAGUGGCAAACUCUCGACACCACGUGUUCCCCUUGAGACUUACAGAAAGCGCACUUUUGCAUUUGCUGGCCCAACAAUUUGGAACGCCCUUCCUAUUGCUCUCAGAAACAUUCAAACAUUGGAGUCCUUUAAAACCGAUUUAAAGACACAUCUAUUUCGCAAACACCUUCUGGGAUGAUGUUGUCUACCAUAUUUUCCAGUUAAUGCAUAUUGACUGUGUUGCUUAUGGUUGAAAUGGGUAGAAAGACUUUGACUUGGUAUGCUUGUAAUUAGUUUUUGUAGAGUUGCGUUUGUUUUAAAUGUGGUAAAUUAUAGAUAAAUAUGAUUGACUUUGUACCGCGCUUCAAGCCUUUGGGGAUGAAGCGUGUUUUUCAAAUAAACUUUAUUAUUAUUUAUUAUUAUUAUAACAUUUUUACCAUAAUUUUUUUUUACAAUUCAUUGUUGAUAAAAAUAAAUUAUUAUUUUAAGGUAUUGAUUUAUUCAUUUCCAAUGUUGUAUAAUAUUUUUCAAUCAACUGGAUAAAUCAAAUAAAAGUAUGGCUUUUUUUUUUAGUUGUGUAGUCUUCUAUACAUAAUCUUAUUUAUAUCAGGCAAUCAUAAUUUUUAAAGUUUACUAUAUUUGAAAUGUACAUUUUAGUUAUACAAUAACUUAAAUGCAUGUUUCAUUAUUAUUAUUCAUUUUUAUGCAUUUUAUUUAGUUUAUGACUUUUUUUUAAUUGACUAACAUUCUAAGAAGGAUGAGAUAGUGGUGCAGACCAAUUUUUAAAAUUCAUCUAAUGGAAAAAACUACACUAAUAUGACAACUUUUGAAAAUAAAAUAUUAGCCAUAGCAUAAACUAUUCUUAUAGUGUGGUUAUAACGCAAGUAAUCAUUUUUGAAGCAUGUUUAAAAUAACAGUUACUUUUUAUUAGAAGUCUUCUCACAUUGCCUUCGGUGUAAUAUUUCUAAAGUUGACUCAAUUAUCAACUGCUUAUAUGUAUAAUGUGCUAAAUUUUUUUCAAUGCAGAAACAAGUAAUGCUUUAGAAAAGUUCAUCUCAGUUGUGAGCCAAACUAUUAAAAUCAUUUAAAUUAAUGAGUUUAACAGGAAAAUAUCUUAAAUCAAUAUAUAAUCUUCUAAAAUUUAAGUAAGUCAACAUUUUGAAGUGAACUAAAGCACAUAUUUGUCUAAUUAUGAAGUAGGACAAUGUUAAGUAUUUAUUCACAGCAACAUAUCCCCUUAAAAUCACUCCAAUUUAUAGUUAUUAGAUUGACUGUGAUAUUAAAUGUACAUUAUUUAUAUUUAUUUUAUUUUUUUAUUACUUUUCGCUAAGAUAAGUUAAUUUAUUAGUUCAUCGUUUUGUUCAAAUAAAUUCAAUUUACCCGUUAAAAAUGUUCUUUUUUUCUAUUAGAAUUAUUGACUCUCAAAGCAGUGCUGCCAUUUGCCUGUUAAAUAUUAAUAUAAUUUUUAAAAUGUUCAUUCUUUGAUGAUGAAAGCAUUAUUUCUUAUUUCUUUAAAAAAAACUUUUAAAGCUUCUUAUUGUCUCACUAUUUGAAACUUUUAGAGAAGACUUUUUAAGAGUAGGAAGUGGUGUUUUAAAUGUGUGAUAUCCAUUUUUUUUUAAUGGUAAAAAUUUUUGAAAAAUUUAAUUUAUACGUAAUUAUGUGCCUUAAUUAAUAAUUUCAUUGGCUUUUUAACUGAUUAGUUAAAUAAAUUGCUCUAAU